AUGACACAUGAAGUAACUGACGGCCUAAAUGCAGGCAACAUCACCUUCCUGAUCAAGUACACUGGCGGUCACGAGAUCCUCGCGUCCCAGAUCUCAAUCACUGUCGUCGACGUCCGCGGCCACAAUAAUAGCGAAGUCGGCCACAAGGCAACCGUAUGCAUCCACAACGGCCCAGGUGACUUUACAGUUGUAGUCUGGGAGCAAGUCAAAUGGGGCCAGAAUGUUGUGCAGGCACUCGGAGAGAAGGUGGAUAAGGUUGUCAGACAAAUCCUGAGGGACGAGGGGAAUGAUGGAUAUGGCGACUCCACGGACUAG